UGGAGCAUAGCAACAGCUACCUAAUUGCAGUGUCCCAAAUGCGGACACCGCGUCACAGUCACAUUACCUUCGACGCUUGAAGCGCGUCUCCAUGCUCCCGAAGCAGACCAAGCGGAGGAUGCGAAUACGGUGCAUAGCCACCACAAUGCAGCCUAGAUCAGCGUGAGUCAACAUUGACACAAGACACUCUACUGAGUAAGGUGGCCAGCGCUUUGCAAUUGUGUAUUUCUUACAAUACGGUGCCAGAAAUGCCUACUGAUCAACAGACUCACAACACCUCAUCUCGAAUCUGCCAUAGCCAAUGGCGCCCACCUCACGUCUUCUCGCUCUUCCAGCUGAGCUGCGACAAGAAAUACUCAUUCACGUCUUAGCAUGGCCAUCUACCGAUAUCGAAAGUACCCAUCUCUCACAAGCCGUAGAUCAGAACUUGCACUGCGGUGUUUGUCGUCUUGGAUUCCGCAAAGAUCGAUACACCGGCAGCAAAGACUCAAACGAUGUUGUACUUCAUCGUCCCGCUUUCCCCACACCUCGCUCGAUUGCCAUCCUUCAAACAUGCCGCCAGAUCUAUUUUGAAGCCAUGGACCUCAUCUACAACAAAACACUUUUUCUCAUCACAAAUCAACACACAUCGAGACAAAAGUCUGGGAUCUACUAUAACCUCUGGAGUUUUCCCGGCAUCCCUUGGAAACCCUUGGGAUCAACGGCGGAUUGCCGAAAUCUCCUAAACCGCGUCAGGAACGUGCAAAUCGAGGAAUCCAUAGGCUGUGGAGCGCAGGGGCGUGCGGCGGCGGGUCAAAUGAGGCUACUGAGAGACUUGAUUGGGAAGCUCGGCUCGCCCGAGUUGUCGCUGCGCUUGCUCAUGCACUUUGAAACAUGCCGAGAGUUGGGACCCAUAUCAAAUCGGUCCUGCGAAGAGCUGGCUUAUGCAUUGAAGGGUAUCAAUCGUGCUGGCUGUCGGCCGACAAUCACGAUGCUGCAGAGGUUCAGGAGUUUUCGCCCAGGAGAUGGUGUUGAGCAAGACGCGAGGUCUGUGGAGAUGGUGAAAUGGGCCUUCGAGGCUGCCGGCGUGCCCUUCAUUCUUGUCGACAAAUGA